AGUCGGCUACAGUAGUUAACUGACGUCCAGAUCAACAAGCCACUAUUUUGGAAGCAGUUUGAUAAACACUCACUGUUCCUCAGUUGAUGUCAGUCAGCUAUCUGCGUUUCCAGAGAGACAUAUCAGCGAUAAACCAGCACAGAACUAACCAGCCACAUAGCCCUGAAACGAUAAGGUUAGAAGACUUCGUCGGUUGAACUUUUCAAGACAACUAGCUCGUGUUUUUUUAUCCAUUUUUACACCAACUGACGGCCAACGGUCGUUUUUUUUUGAUUGACCUAAUCUUUUACAUCAACCAAGCUAGCAGUUUUUAUCGUGUUAACGUUAGCUCAUUUUUGUUUUGACAAAAAGGAACAAUACUCGGUUUUAUUUGUAUAAGUCAAGCAAGUCGUUUUGUUUUGUCAACAAGCUAUUUUUUUCAUCGAAGAACUACAAAACCAACGAUAUUAAUCACUUUGCUUGAUAAAAAAAAAAGGGCUAAAAGUGUUAGCGUUGACAAGGCACCUAACACUAAACCCUUGAACCGUUUAAACAGUCAUUAAAAAGAGCCUGUCUUUUAAUUGAAUGGUGCUGAUUUUAGUACAUUUAACUUGAAAAUAAGACGGUUUGGCUCUAGGAGUAACUGCCUUUUUUUAAAGAAAUAACUAGAACAGCCACCAGGGUGUAAAAAGGCGAGCAUUGGUAGAACCUGAGGCAAGUUGUGUACAUCCAAGGAAUCCCUCAUCGGAUUGUUACAUUAAUAUCAGUGUUAUUGUGGAAAAUGGCGGCGAUCGGAAUGGUGCAGAUGUUGAUCGAAGCAGCCGAGUAUCUUGAGCGCAGGGAACGAGAAGCUGAACACGGCUAUGCCUCCAUGCCACCCUUCAUCAGCAGCGGAGAGACGGAAAGCUUGAAAAGGAAAAGCAAAAGCAAGAAAAACACAAGUAGCAGGUCUACGCACAAUGAAAUGGAAAAGAACAGACGGGCUAAUCUACGGCUCUGUUUGGAGCGCUUGAAAUCCCUCGUUCCCUUAGGAAAGGAUGCCAACAGGCACACCACCCUCAGCCUGCUGAUGAAGGCCAGAGACCAUAUCAAGAGGUUGGAGGAGAGCGACAGGAGAGCGCAGCACACGAUGGAUCAGCUGCAGAGGGAGAGGAGGCACCUGAGGAGACGCCUCCAACAGCUGGGGGUGGAGAGGACCCGCAUGGACAGCACCGGCUCCACCCAGUCCGACAAGUCCGACUCUGACCAAGAGGACCUGGAUGUGGACGUGGAGGGGACGGACUACCUGCUGGGGGACCUGGAGUGGAGCACCAGCAGCGUGAGCGACUCGGGGGACGAGCGGGGGAGUCUGCGCAGCAGCUGCAGCGACGAGGGCUACUCCAGCGCCUGCCUGCUGCGCCUGCAGGACACUCAGGAGAUUGCCACGCAGCUAGCCUGCAGCCUAUAGGCUCCAAGCCCCGCCUCCUCCACCCCCUCAGCCAAUCCCGUCCCAGAAUGCCUCACCACUCCCUAAAUGCGAUCUGAGACCCCCCCAGCCCCUUACUUUGACCUCCAUCCAACACCUUUUAGACACACCCAUCAUCAGCGGUCAGUCAUUAAGGUGUCCCCCGCUCUGCUCUGCACCAAUCAAACGAGUGGGAUUUUAAAGACACUCCACCCCCCCGUCACUCCGUCCAUCCGUCAGAAACACAAC